CUCAUCUACAAGAAUGAAGCUCCUGGGCCCGCGCGGAGCUGCGGCGGGGCUCCGUGCUUUUGGCAGCGGUGGAGAGGUUGACCGCUUACCAAAGGGCCCGGGCACUUCGGAACAUGCCGCGCCGGUGGUGGCGCGCGCCGCUGCGGGUAGCGUAAGCGAGGCUCUCACGCUGCAGGCAUUGCAAGCGAGAUUCUCGCAGGCCAUGCCUGCCAGGUUAGAUUCGACACGGCCGCGACGGGCCAGAUCUAAACUAAAGGCAUUAGACGGCGAACCACCUGCGCAAGAGAGACGCCGCCGCGUCCUUCACCGUGGAACCGGCGCCGCCCGCAUUGGCGAUCAUGCGGAG